UCCCACAGCCAAGCCUGUUGUCACGUGUUCUGCUCUUAUACACCAUCCAUCGUAAGCUAGUGCAUUGUCCACUAAUGUGGGGUGAUUGUUAUCCACUCUUUUGUCAGCCCAACUGAUGCUCUCUGUCUCUCUUUGGACUCUAUCCCACCCUAUCUUCUGCAGAAAAAUCAACUUUUUUCUAGCUAUGAUUGGUUCUGAGGAAGGGUCACUGAACCUGAAACGUUAACUCUGACCUCUUGCCACAGAUGUUACCAGACCUGCUGAGUUUUUCCGGCAAUUUCUGUUUUAGUAUCCCUUAUUUCUUGAUUGUAUAACUGUGCGUCUCACGUAACUGCGAUGCUAACGUCAUUGAGUUGUGGCAUGACAGCAUUUGUGAAGCACCCUGAUGGGUUGGCUCCAGUGUGACUGCCCCUAUAGUCAAAGAUCAUUGUUAUCUUAAACAGUUUCCUGCUCAAUUGCUAAAGUAAAUUUUGUUUUAUUACCUUUGUUUUGAAUUUUUCUGCUGUUUGUACCAUGACUAGUUGAGGAAUCAUUGUGGAAUUAGUUUUUGAAAAUAAUCUGUACUGUACUUUUCAGUACUUUACAGGUAUAAGUACAAUAAUUGAGUAUUGUACUGCAAACUUCUUGAAAGACUUCUUUGCAAGUAAGUUGCCUGGUUUCUUCACUGAAGUUUUCCUUGUUUUCUUGGCAAGUAUUUCAGCGAGGAGUGCACAGCAUUGCACAUGAAAAUACAGAAUUUCAACUAUUACAUUGACGUUUUUGAAUAGAAGUUUCCUUAGGAGCCCAACUUCAGUUUUAGUCUGGAAAACUGUGCUUCAUUUGAAGUUAUUUCACUUAAAGUUGUGAUUUUCAGAAAUGCAGUCCUAAAUCUGAGGACACCCUGUACUGUCAGUAUUACUGUUAACUAAUUGGAAUCUCUAAUUAAAUCCAAAACAGGCAAUAUUAAUUGGCUUAGAAUUGUCAAGUUUGAGCGAACAAGAGUAAUACGUUGGUUAUUACUACGGAAAAUGACUUUUUGUCCUAUGUAUAGAUUUUAAUUUCACUUUCGCUAUGUUGCAAGUGGAGAAAUAUGUUGUUUCAGUCUUAUUGACUAUUACAGAAAUCAAAUAUUAAGUUUCAUCAACUCUGUAGAAUGGAAUGUGCCAUUUGAUUAGCUUAAGUACCCUUGGCUCUGUGUCAGAAGACAGAGGGACUGAAGUCCAUAUUACAGAUUUGUAGUGAGUGGAAACAGAAGGUCUUACACUCAGUUUUUUAUUUCUUUAUUCAUUCAUGAGAUGAGGACAUCGCUGGCUAGGCGGUGUUUAUUGUCCAUCCCAAAUUGCCGAGGGGGCAGUUAAGAGCCAACCACAUUGCUGUGUGUCUGGAGUCACAUGUCGGCCAGACCAGGAGGUGUUGAUGAUGCUGGAUAAUUACGUGCGAGAUUUCAAGGCAUUGAUAGAUUGGUUGCAGCUGCAGGAGAAGUUGGAGAAUACAGACGCACGGAACAGACCCACAUCGUUGGCUUGGGAAGUGAGGAAAAUGUCCCCUGGACGACAUGUUAUGCCAAGUCCACCGGCAGACAGAAUUUGCACAACGUCAAGUGCUCGAAGAAGUUUAAAUUUUGGAGGUCCCAAUACCAUGGCUGCCCCUCCAGCUUUGGUAGCGGCUCGCCUUACCCCAUCUGGUGUCAGUUGGGCAGACAAAGUCAAGGCUAAUCGGGCAAAUACAGUUACCCAAAAAACCAGCCGAAACAACUGUCAAAAAUCUUCACAGCGGAGCAGAUUGCAUCCAAAUGAGAGGAAAGAUACUGAAGGAUGGGAAACGGUACAGCGUGGAAGAGCUACUCGAUCACGUUCUGCCACAAUGGCAGCGAAUGCUUCUACUAAGACUUCAGAUAUGAUGUACCUGAGUCUUAAGGAUGACAGUGAUAAAGAAAAUGGGCUGUCAGUAUCCCAGAAUAGGAAAAUAGAUUUUGAAAGUAGUCCUAGUUCUGACAGCAUGACAGAUUCACCAGAAAAGUUAAUUAACAGGAAUGAAGACACCUCUGUAGACCUCCUCAAGCACACAGCAAACGUGUCUGCGGACCCAGUGCAGCCUGAUAAUGUGCCUUUGCAAGGCAAGCCUUGGCAGCAAGACGCAGACUCCAUUGAAAGAGAUGUCACCUGUCUGUCAGAGGACGUAAACGCGGAAGUGAUACCGGUCAUUUCCGUACAAGAACCGACUUUGUCAGAUACUCCAAAACUGGGACAUGACGUAGAUCUCUCUGGCGAUCUUUCAAAUCAAUCUAUGGCAGCAGUCCUUGCCAAAGGAGAGGAACUCGCAAACCGUCUGGAAAAGGAGAAUGAAGAAGCAAUUGCUAAUGCUAUAGCUGAGGAAGAACAAUUAACAAGAGAAAUACAGGCUGAGGAAAACAAUGACAUAAACCUAGAGACUGACACUGAAGGCGAGUUUACAGCCACCAUGAAUAGUGGCAGCUUGACUCUCUACAAUGUUUCCUCUCAAUCUCAAAAUCUAGACUGGAAUGAUGUUUUAGCGGAAUAUGAAGCACGUGAACCUUGGAGACAGAGUACUUCAUGGGGAGAUAUUGUGGAGGAGGAGCCAGCACGACCACCUGGACAUGCCAUCCAGAUGCAUGAAAAGCUUUCCUCACCUUCGAGAAAAAUGACAAUUGCAGAGUCAAAAAAGAAACAUGAAGAAAAGCAGCUAAAAGCUCAACAACUCCGUGAAAAACUACGAGAGGAACAAACUCUGAAAUUGCAGAAGUUGUUGGAGCGAGAGAAGGAAGUACGGAAAUGGAAGGAGGAGCUGCUGGACCAGAGGAGGAAGAUGAUGGAGGAGAAGCUGCUUCAUGCCGAGCUGAAACGGGAGCUUCAACUGCAAGCAAUAGUGAAAAAGGCACAGGAGGAAGAAGCUAAGGUUAAUGAAAUAGCUUUUAUCAACACAUUGGAAGCUCAAAAUAAGCGUCAUGAUGUUCUUGCAAAACUGAAAGAGUAUGAACAGCAUCGUCGGCAAGAGGAGAAGCAAGCGCGAGAUGAGGCUGUGCAGGAACGCAAGAGAGCACUGGAGGCAGAGCGUCAGGCCCGUGUGGAAGAACUAAUGUUGAAGAGGAGAGAACAGGAGGCACGGAUUGAGCAACAGCGACAAGAAAAAGAGAAAGCAAGGGAAGAUGCAGCUCGUGAAAGAGCCAGAGAACGUGAGGAGAGGCUGGCUGCACUUAGUGCAGCUCAACAAGAAGCUAUGGAAGAACUGCAAAAGAAAAUUCAACUGAAGCAUGACGAGAGCAGUCGGAGACACAUGGAGCAGAUAGAACAACGAAAAGAAAAAGCGGCUGAGCUUAGCAGUGGGAGACACGCUAACACUGACUAUGCACCCAAACUCACUCCAUAUGAACGCAAAAAACAUUGUUCUUUGUGCAACGUGUUGAUCACCUCUGAGGUCUAUCUGUUCAGCCACAUAAAAGGGAGAAAACAUCAACAAGCUGUACGGGAGAAUAGCAGCAUUCAAGGACGGGAACUGUCAGAUGAAGAAGUGGAACAUCUAUCCUGCAAGAAGUAUAUUACAGAUGUUGUGACUGAGACCUGUGUGCACCCUGAGACAUCAAAGGAUGCAGAAGAGAAGCAGAAAGUCAGGAAGAAGGCCAAGAAACUUCGAGCGCGCAUGAACUCCAGGGGCAAAGAGUAUGAAAGCUCACUGGAAGCCAAAGCUCAGAUCCCAGACUCUCCCUUCAAAGCCAAACUUCAAAGAUUAGUGAAAGAUCUGCUGAAACAGCUACAAGGACAGGAUAGUGGACCUUGGGCAAACAACAAGGUUUCUUCUCUAGACAGGACUCUUGGAGAAAUCAAUCGCAUUCUGGAGAAACAGAAUAAUGCAGAUCAAAUUGGAUUCCAAGUUGGUGGAGGCCUAACUGCCCUUGAGCAAAUCCUUCAAGUUGUGAAUACAGUUUCCAGCCCUAAUACUGCUCCUCGGAUUCCAGUCAAAUCCCUGUGCAAUGUGAUUAAUGCAUACUGCUUUGCCUGUCGUGGCUGCUAUGACAACUGCUUCUAUGUUCUGUUCAGUAACAAGAUCACCUUCUUAAUGGAACUACUGAUGCAUCAAUUGACGCUUUUUGUUCCAGCUGAAGACGAAGCCAUUGUUGGAAAGAGUAUGAGCAAACAGGUGUUUGAAGGGCUGACCACAGGGCUCCUGCACACCUGUGCUACUGUGCUUGGGUGCUUGGCCAACCAUCUUCCUGAGGCCAACAGCAAUCCUGGGACGCCAAAGAAAUCGGGGCAAGAAACAAAAAAUAACCUUUCACAGAGUGAGCUCUGCAUCAGCAGGAUUCAGGAUCUCAUCAGCUAUGUGGUAUAUACUGGACUUACUGAUAAGCUGUAUGGCUGUUUCCUCUCAAUACAAGGGCCCAUUGAUGAGCAACCUAAAAUUGCCUCUUUUCUACAAAAUGUUACAGCCCUGCUACACAAUAUGUGCCGACUUUGCUUUGCUUUUGUCAAUCGGUCACAAGGUAUAUUUGAGAACAAGAGGCAGGACCCCACAGGUCUGAUUGCAGCACUGCAAUCUACUGAGCUGGUGGGUGUUCUCAACAUGCUUUACUGCAUCCUCCUGCACGGUAUAAUCCCAGACCAUAAUACUUCAGCACCCGCAGAAACCUACCCACAGCACAUCAUUCACGUCGCAAUCCAGAGUCUUCGCUUUCUGAACAGUUUUGCAUUUUUGGACCUUCCCACUUUUCAGGCUGUGUGUGGCGCUGAGGGCCUGUCUCUGGCAUUCCGCCACAUUGUCAGCUCACUACUGUGGUACUGUUACCAUCAUACCUGUGAGGACCUGCUGCAUGAGGUCAUCAUCUGCGUGGGUUAUUUCACUGUAAACCAUCCUGACAACCAGCUGACAGUGCAAUCUGGCCGACACCCCACAGUCCUUCAGAAACUCUGCCAACUACCUUUUCAGUACUUCAGUGAUCAACGGUUGAUCAAAGUCCUGUUUCCAACAUUGAUAACCGCUUGUUACAACAACCCACAGAACAAAGUCAUCUUGGAGCAGGAGAUGAGUUGCAUUUUACUAGCUACCUUUAUUCAGGAUUUUGCACAGAGUUUGAGUCAGUCUGACAACAAAUCUUCUCAACAAAAGGAGAAAAUUCCUGGAGCUCAAGACUACCUAGAUUUCUCCAACAGGUUCCCCAGGGAGAUGUGGGAGGAUGCCCGGAAAUUUUUUUUAAACAAAGACACAGUUUGCUAAGGAUAAAACAGAAUUGGGAAAGGGUGGAAAAUACUCAAAGCCUCAAAAAGUUGCUUGAUUUAUAAAUUUGUCUUGUAAUUCAUUCAUUGACAUUAUGUUCUAGAAUGUUCUUAUAUAUGAUUUGCACAAAUUGUAUAUAGUACCAACUGUACAUACGAUUUUCAUUGUAAUCACUUUUUGACAAUUUUUUAAUGUAAUGCUUUCUAACGUAUGAGUGUGUAGAAUAAUCCAUUUGGUUCUUGUUGUUUAGAAUGAUCCAGCAGUCCCCUGUGGAAUGCAUGAAUUAAUUUUAUUUAUUAGCAGUGUAUCGGUGGCUUAAGUACGCUGAUGAUGCAAUAAAAUUAUUUAUUUUCAUCUGCA